GGAGAGGAAACCAGGUCCGGAUUUAACGCACGUGCAGCUCGUCACGAGGGAUGAGUUGGUUCCUGCUGUGGAUUCUGACAGCAGCUGGGAUUCAACAGGCCUCCUCCCUGAAUUCCACUGCCAUGCCGCCUGCCGCAGCCGUCUCCUCGCCAACCGCAGAGCCGUACAGCCGCACACGCUUCUGCAAGUGGCCCUGCGAGUGUCCGGAGGUGCCCCCCAAGUGCCCGCUGGGCGUCAGCCUCCUCAUGGACGGCUGCGACUGCUGCAAGGCUUGUGCCCGGCAGGUGGGCGAGGAGUGCAACGAGGCAGACACGUGCGACUACCACAAGGGACUGUACUGCGACUACAGUUCGGACAAGCCUAGGUACGAAAAAGGAGUGUGUGCAUAUAUGGUGGGAACGGGCUGCGAGCAUGACGGCGUCAUCUACCGUAACGGUCAGAGCUUCCAGCCCAGCUGCAAAUACCAGUGCGUGUGCGUGAACGGCGCUAUCGGCUGCGUGGGGCUGUGCGCAGAGUUCCAGCCUCCCCGGGUGUGGUGCCAAAAUCCACGUCAAGUCAAAGUGCGGGGGCAGUGCUGCGAGCAGUGGAUCUGUGAUGAGCCCAAGAGAAGAACAGCACCGAGACACGCAGUGGAGGCUGUCCCAGCUCAGUCCAGGAGCUUGCACGACAACUGCGUCCCUCAGACUACUUCCUGGAGUCCCUGCUCUAAGACCUGCGGCCGCGGACUGUCCUUGAGGAUCUCGAACGCCAACGAUCAGUGCGAGAUGGUCAAAGAGUCCCGUCUGUGCAACCUGCGGCCGUGCGACGUUGACAUCACCAAACAUUUCAAGCCAGGAAAGAAGUGCUUGAACAUCUACAGGGAAGAUCAGCCUUCAAAUUUCACCAUCUCCGGCUGCAUCAGCAAGAAACCGUACAGGCCCAAAUACUGCGGGGUCUGCACCGACGAGCGCUGCUGCAUCCCAUACAAGUCCAAGACCAUCGACGUGGAGUUCCAGUGUCCCAACCAGACGGGCUUCACCUGGAAGAUGAUGUGGAUCCAGGCGUGCUUCUGCAACCUCAGCUGCAAAAACCCAAACGACAUCUUUGCAGAGCUGGACGGUUACUAUGGUUACCCAGAAGUCGUAGACUGAGCACGUUUUUAUUUCAGCUGGAAUAUUUUGUAAAUGGGGGUUUUUGGAACGACUGCGUGCAACUCGAGCUGCUUUUGAAGAAUAUUUG